AUGAACAUGAACAUGGCCUCGCCUGCCCUGUCCAUCCGCAGCAACUUCUCCGACAUGGACGAUGAAGAGUUGGAACAGUAUCUGGCUUCGUGUGUGCCGCUCUCCAACCUGCCGACGCCGCCGCCCGCAAAGGAACAACCACUUCCCACACCAUCAACAACUAUGUCCUCAGAAUUCGACGUGGAGCGCCACAGGCGAUCUCCUGAGCUAGAAGUUUAUGCGUUACAUCUUGUGAGCCUUGUUCCAAGGAACGUCGCUGGGCAAAAGUCAUCCGUGGCGGCUGUCGAGGGGUUCCUUGAGCGGGCUUGCUUGCCGGUGGACAUGGUUGCGUUUGCGGCCUGUGUGCUGGAUGCGUUGUCGGAUGGGUUUGCGAGCAGGUGGUGCAAUGCGCUCCUCCCCAUGGACACGUCUAAGCUGGAUUUCUACCUGGGCACCGACUGCUGGCAGCAGCCCAGCAUCAGCCCCGACUUGAUUGUGCUUGCCGCGCUGGCUCUGGCUCACGGCUUCAUCGACGACCGAGGCCGCUCCAAUGGGCAUUGGGCCAAGAUUGAGGGAGCAGGGCGAUUCGUUCCGAAAGAGGUGGGCAAGACGAAGAUGUGCAUCCUAGAGGAUAUCGACUAUGGCCUUUUCCGGAUCAGCGAAGACAUGGUCCAGCGCAUGUCGAGGGAGAUGCAGCAGGCCACCUACUUUACUACGCCGAGACACUCGAUUUCUUGGGACGAAGGCGACAAAGAAGGACGCCGGCCACGGUUGUCGCUGAGCACGGGGUCUGGGUCCGCCAUUUGGGCGUACGGUGCACAAACGCCCGAGCCGAGCCCAUGA